GUUGAGAUUUGGAGGGUUGGCAGUGCUUUUGGUUUUUGUUCGUCGCCGUUCAAGGCUGAAGGAUUGGGAAGGAAAAAACAACCGACGAAAAAAACGUAUAGAAAAUACCCUUGUCAACCACGGCUCUCCGCCGCUCAUCUCCUUUGUCCUUUGCCGCCCUUUUGAUCUCUUUACAUUUGCGUUGGAGGCGGUCAUCGCGGGCGUAAACCCUAGAGUUGUCGAAAACACCGAAACCGAUUCCGUUUUUUACUAUCCGGGCAUUAGACGCUUGUUUGCCCAAGUAGCCGUUUUAGCCUACACGCGAUCGUAGCUAUUUAGGAAUACUUUAUCUAUAGUUUGCCCCUGUGGACAAGAAAAAGCUUGAACCCCGUCUGCAUUGUCAAACAUGGCCCGAACGUCUGCUACCCUCGCGUUUGCCUUAUCUAUCCUUUCUGCCGUCAGUCAAGUUAGGGCAGAGUCCAAGGAAUACUCGUCCAACGAAUGUAUUGCCAUCCAUGAAACGAGCGCCUGUGCCCCAUUUGGACAAGGUUACUAUAUCAAUGGUACUGAACUUGGCUUGGUCUACGGUUUGAGCGGCCCGAUUCCCGAUGCGAAAUACUGGGAUCGAUUGGUCCGCGACGUAACGUCAGGCGGAGAGCAUCAGGCCCAAAUGUGGAGGAACUGGGCUCAAUGUACUGGAUACUCUGGCGAACCCAUUCAAUACUAUCGCACAUACACUUGCAUGACGGAUAUAUUCAUGUUCUCUGCUGGAUGCAACAAAGACUACAAGCCACCUUCUACCCCCAUUUGCGAAAAAACGUGCGAUGCGUACGGGUCCGCUGUGUCCGAGUUGAUCCGUGAUUCAUCCGUGUGUCCCACUUCGUUUGGUCACUAUGGACAAGCGGUAUACCAGGAAGUGUCGGACAGACGGUCAUUUGCUUUGACCGGUGCGGAAUCUUGCAAGCAUAUUGUACAGUCGUGGAGUGGAGCAUCUGGAUACAAGCAAGAUUCCUGCAUUUGGGGAGUUGAGGAAGAUCAUAAAUCAUGCGGUUUUGGUGGUGACUCAAAAACCGCUGACUUGUACUGUAAAGACUAUCCACAAGAUGGUUGCUGUCAGCGACGAGGAAGCUACAAGAACGAUCAAAAAACCGCUGCUGCUGCACCCGUUGAGAACCAAGCUGUCAAAGGCGCCAAACCUGCAGAACUUGCAUCCCAAGGUGCGACAGGUGGGGAACCCGUCACCGCCACAGGAGAUGAAAAUAGUAGCUUUGUGGAGCGGAACAAGGUGCCCAUCAUUGCGGGAUCGGUCGGAGCUGCCAUGAUUAUUGUCGGUGGUGUCGCUGUUGGAGUUGUGCGAGCCAGAAAGCGAGGCAGCACCGAGGGUAGACGCAACCGAAUCCAACCUGGCGGUGGUGCCGUUCCUUUUAUUGCUCCUGCGUCCAAUAUGACUGAGGCUGGGUCCCACGUUACGCCCUUGAAGGCUAAAUACAAGGUUGUUUAUGAUUACACUCCUCAAUUAAUUGAUGAGUUGGAGCUGGUCAAAGGCGAUAUGGUGGAGGUGUGGGCUUCCUACGAUGAUGGCUGGGGUAAGGGGUCUAACAUGCGUACUGGAAAUAAAGGAACGUUCCCAAUGGCAUGUAUCGAAAUGAUUCGUGAAUAGGGAUGUUGCGUAGUUGUCCACCCAAAUGUACUCGUGUGUAGUUUGUGUGUAUAGUUUUAUUUUUUUUCUCUCGUCUUCUUCUUUUUGCAUUGACCGGAUUAUUUACGGAGCUUUGCAAAUAUACAGCCUUGUCGCCCCCC